UGCCAGGGCUCAGCAGGAUGCAGGGCUGUGUGGCAGGGAGCUGGGCUCCUCUGGGGCUGCUCCUGGUCUGUCUGCAGCUCCCAGGCCUCUUUGCCCGGAGCAUUGGCAGUGCAGCUGAGGAGAAGGCGUCUCCACCCCUGGGGGCCAGCCUGCCCAUGCUGGGACAGCCACCCUUCAGCACUGGACGUGGCCAGCCCCACAUGGCCCCAGGCUCCGACGACAUCACAGGAGUUCCUUCACUGUUCAGUAUGCCUGCACCGGGUGGCCUCCAAGCUGCAGGCCGUGCAGGGGGGCAGCAGUGGCCUCUGUCCUGGGGGCUGCCCCCCAUGGAGUCCUGGCUCUCCGAGGUCCCUUGGCAGGUGAUGACUGGGGCAGCUGAGGACCCUCUGGAGCAGGUGCUGCCCGAGGAGCUGGCUUACCUUUCCGGCCCCGACGUGCUCCCCCUGGGCGGAGGGUCGUGGCCCGAGGCGUUCUCUGCCAGAGCUGCACAACCUGCACCUGAAGCUUCGCCCGUCCACCUGGACUCGGCAGCCAACCGGCUGUCCCUUGCCACGCCGCUGGGAGUCCCCGGAGAUCCGCUUGCCCAGCGCCCUUUCUGGUCUCUCCUCUCCAGGCUUCUGCCUCGUCUGCCCUGGGGGGCUCUGAAUCCCAGUGUGCCUUGGGGAGGGGGGGUUCUGGGGACAGGUUGGGGAACGAGGCCCAUGCGCUACCCUUCCGGGGCCUGGGGUAUCAACAGUCAAUUCCCAGGCGGCGGCUGGGGGUCGUCUAUUAACAGGUACCCAGGGGGCGGCUGGGGGGACACUAGCCGGUACCCUGGAGGUGGCUGGGGAGCAGGCAUCUGGGGGAACAACAGCCGGUAUCCAGGUGCUAGAGGGGGGCGCACUGCGCCGGCGGUCACCCGACCACGCGGCCCUUCCUGGUACUUCCCAGCCGGCUUCCCAAGUCCUCAAAACCCUGGCUUGCAGUAGGGCUGCCACGGAGCACGGGCGCCCGAGGCCGGGAGACAGGAAGGGAUGGGCUCCUGCCCUUGCCCUGCAGGUGGCACUAGGCGGAGUUUCACCUGCCCGCCGCUGCCCCACGCUGACCUCCAAUAAA